AUGAUCGACCUAGUUCCUGAUCUAGUUGAAGAAAUCCUUGUUCGGCUGCCCUUCAAAUCCAUACUUAAAUUCAAAACUGUAUCGAAGCAAUGGAGAUCAAUACUGGAGUCGAGGAGUUUAGCGGAGAGGAGGCCUACGUUUAUGAAUAAAGUUCAAAAGAAGCCGCAAAUACUGGCGGCGGCCGUAAACCACUGUACGUUUCCAACGCUAGGGGACGAAGAAGGGGUCGAGCUGGUCUAUUUACACUGCCAUGUCGCCACACGACCUUCGUUGGCAUGUGACGGUCUUGUUUGCAUCCCUGAACCAGGUUGGAUCAACGUUUUCAACCCUUCCACCGGAGAAUUCAUCAGAUUCCCUUCCGGCCCUGAUCCCGUAAAAACCCAACGCUAUAAUAACCUAUUUAUGGAUGAUGAUGAUAGUGAUAUAUUCCCUGGUCACUGGAGGAUGGGAUUCGGUAGAGACAAAGUUAACGGAAGCUAUAAAGUAGUGAGGAUGUUCUUUGAGCCAAACCACUACGGUGAGAUUCUUGAUUUAAACAUUGGGGAAUGGCGGAAACUGCCGAGGCCGCCUCCUCACCAUGUGGGAGAGACAUCGAACUCAGCGUGUGUGAAUGGCUCCAUCUACUGGUUACGUGAAGCUGCUUACCACGAGUAUCGGAUUCUAGCUUUGGAUCUUCACACACAAGAGUUCCGUGAUGUCCCAACACCGCCUUUAUUACGUCAAACAGGGAUGCAAACAGAGAGGCUAGCAAACCUUGAAGACCGUCAUAGUCUUAUCCAUAUUCAGUCCUCAAGGCGUGGUAGAGAUAUGGUGCAUGGAUACACAAGAAGAAACAUGGAUCAUCGCUUACUCCUUUGACUUUUAUUGUUCCUCAGUCUACCGACAUCCCUCGAAUUCCUCGCGUACUUACUCCUUUAACUUUUAUCGUUCCUCAGUCAACCGACAUCCCUGGAAUU